AUGGUAUAUUUAAAACCAAAUAUUAGUGGAUAUUCAUGGAAAAAGGGAACUAUUUCAAAGAUAAUUGCAAUUACCGAAUUACUUAAACAAUAUAAUGCUCUUAGUUUCUGGGACUGUGCAUGUGCUGCACCAAAUAUACAAAUCGAUAUGAAUCCGUUAAAUGACAGUAGUUUUAAAAAACAAUGUUCCUUAUAG